GUAGAGGUAGAUGCAGCACCACAGCAAGACCUGACAAAGAUCAUGGCUGAAAUCCGUGAGCACUACGAGGCCAUUACUACCAAGAACCGCAAAGAUCUUGAGGCUUGGUUCCAGGCUAAGAGUGAAACCCUCAACAAGGAAGUUGUUGUGAGCACAGAAACCAUUCAAACAUCCCGAUCUGAAAUCACAGAGCUUAAACGCACACUCCAAAGUCUUGAAAUCGAGCUACAAUCACAACUCAGUAUGAAAGCAUCGCUGGAAGGCACUUUGGCAGACACACAGGCCCGCUACUCCGCAAUGUUGUCCGACUACCAGUUCCAGGUGACCAGCAUGGAGCAGCAGCUGGUGCAGCUUCGUGGCGAUCUGGAGCGUCAACGGCAAGAUUAUCAGAUGCUUCUGGACAUCAAGACCAGACUGGAGAUGGAGAUUGCAGAGUACAGAAGACUGCUGGAUGGAGAGGCUACAAGGUAAG